GUACGCUAGAGAAGUGUUCCCUUCGCAAUGGAAGGUGUUGGAAGUCUAGAGCAACGACGUCAAGAUGGAGCCGGAGACGGGGGUGCAAGGUGAACAGGAUGGAAGAGCUCAAGGUUCCGGAGACUACCGCCUGGAGACAGAAAGAGCAAGAGAGAUGAUAAGGGCGUGCUAUGAGGAAGGUAUCCUCCCAACGGACAUAGACCGAGGGGAGAUGGAAGUGUUGGGGAGGGAAGUUAAGUUUAUCUUGAACUUGUCUCUCGAUGAAAUCAAGAUUAAGUGGUUGAAAGAGAGGACGGUUAAUGUAAUCUUUCGGGAUGGAGCUCGAUUCCUGCCUAAGACGGUCAAAGAAGAUGUGGUUAGAGCUUAUGAAGACGUGUGGAUAAAGGAUGAAACCUUCGGGCAUGAUUUCAAGCGCGGGAGGACUAAAGUGGAGAGCCCGAAUGUGAUCUCGUAUAUUCCAAGGGCGCAAGCCAUCUCCGAUUCGAUGCUUCAGAAGAAAACCGAUUUCAUCGAUCUUGCUGGUACGACAUACAGAACGGAGUUUAACCCAUGGCUGACACGUGCAAAAAUCAGGGAUUGGAGGCAAUUGAUUGACCAGGAUACUUUCUGGGUGGUGGCGGUGGGUGUACCUUUGGAUGAAAUGCCUUUUCUCCACGCCCAUGUGGAGAGGGCUAUAGGGAAAGUGGUGAAGCAGCACAAACCGGAAGCGGACGAAUCAGACCCGAAAUUGAUGAACUUGCGGUUCGACGUGGAUCCAGCAUGCAGAGCGAAUAUGAAGGAUAAAAUUCUAGUCCAAACUUGCUAAGGUGAUGUGCUAAAGGUUAAACUUGCGAAUGCUGACUCGGAAUGCUGCAAAAGGUGCCGCACCUUCUUUCAUACAGAGCUCACCUGCAGAAGAUUGGAUCGUCGUAAUCAAGGGGGUGCGCGAUCGAGCCAGCCACAAGUAUUGUCAUCCUCAAGGACGGUGAUAUCGAGCGCAUCGGCCCCCGCGCGAGCGAGGGCCCUCCCGGCCAUGUUACGCAUGAGUUUAAACAAAACUUAACAUAAGAG